CAAUUAAAACGGCUCGCACGAGCGAACCAGAUCCGAUACGAACUAAAGCUAGGCUUAGGCUAGUUGGCACUGUCUCUGUGUAUAUUUUAAUGCAGCUCUUUAACUUUCACUUCGAUUACAACAAGUGGCGGAGAUUUAGCGAGAUUUAGGCAACGGAUCGGUGGAAUAUAAUGUGAACAGCAGCAGCAGCCACCCAUGGACAUAUAUACAAGCAACAGCACAGACAGCACAAAUAUAAAAUGGCAUCAAAAUAUGAGCGCAUUAUAAGUGAUUGUCGAACGAAGAACGUACUCUGGGAAGACGGCGAUUUCCCCGCAGUGCAAUCGUCCGUCUUCUACUACCAAACGCCCCCAUUCACGUUCCAGUGGAAGCGUAUUGCCGAGCUGAACAAUGCCCAGGCCUCGUUUCUCAAUGAAAAUGCCGAAUUCGAUGUGGUGCCUGGCAAGAUGGGCGAUCGUUGGCUGGUCUCCUGCCUGGGGGUACUCUACUCGUUGCGGAAUCUCUUCUAUCGCGUGGUGCCCGCCGAUCAGAGUCUCAACAAAUCGCAGGGCAUCUAUCGCUUUCGCCUGUGGUGGUGUGGCGAAUGGGUCGAGGUUCUGGUCGACGAUCGUCUGCCCACCAUAAACGGACGGCUGGCCUUUAUGCAGCCCCAGUCUUCGAACUGCUUCUGGGCGGCUCUGCUGGAGAAGGCCAUUGCCAAGCUGCAUGGCUCGUAUGAGGCGCUCAAAUAUGGCACUCGUUCGGAUGGACUCACCGAUCUGCUUGGCGGCGUGGUCAAGUGUAUGCCCAUUGUGGCCGAUACCAUAAGGCCGCAAACGCUCAAGGAUCAGCUGGCCUCCACAUGCAUUGUCACCUGCCUGGCGGUUAAGGCCUCCUCGGUGCAGAAGAAAAACAUUGCCGAACGUUUGCCAAAUGGCAUUUUGGUGAAUGUUAACUACAGACUUUCCAGCCUGGACAAAGUGGAGACCCUCAUGGGGGACUCGGUGCAGCUGAUUUGCGUAAAGGAUACAUUUUCGUGCAAGCCAUUUGGGGAUAAAACCAACUUUCUGGGCGAUUGGUCGCCACUGUCUAAGACCUGGGAGCGCGUCUCAUCGGGGGAACGGGCACGGCUGCUCAAUCAAUUGAAUCUGGGCGAAUUUUGGAUGUCGUUCUAUGAUUUUGUACAAAUAUUCACCGCCCUGGAGAUUGUCUAUCUGGACAGUGAGACGGCCAAUGAUGAGGAGAUGCUCAAGAAUCGGCCGCUGCAUUGGAAAAUGAAGAUGUACCAGGGCCAGUGGAAGCGUGGCGUCACGGCCGGCGGCUGUCGCAAUCAUGAGUCAUUUCACAUCAAUCCACAGCUGCUUGUUUCCGUGCAGGAGAAACAGGACGUUGUCAUAGCCCUCAAUCAGCAUACGGCCGUUGAGCCAAAGGUCAUUGGCUUCACGAUGUACACCUGGAAUCGUGAGUACAACCUAAACGAGUGCCUGCAAAAGGACUUCUUUAAGAAUCACGUGAGCUUCCUGAACUCGGACUAUGGCAAUACACGGCAUGUCAGCUACCACACACAGCUGGAGGCGGGCCAUUAUGUGCUCAUACCGACGACAUACGAGCCGGCGGAGGAGGCACACUUCACCAUUCGUAUACUGGGCACCUCUGCGCUGCGGCUGUCCUGCCUGGAGACCCAAACGAUGAUACUGCUGGACCCGUUUCCGGCGCUCAAGAGCGAGGACAGCAUACAAAAGAUCAAGAGCGUGUGCCAGUACGAGCCGGUGUACAUGCAGCUGGCGGAUGAGAACAAGACAAUUAACUGCUUUGAGCUGCACGAACUGCUGGAGGCCUGCCUGCCCAAUGACUAUAUCAAGGGCUGUGCCAACAUCGACAUUUGCCGUCAGGUGAUUGCCUUGCAGGACAAGAGCGGCAAUGGACGCAUCACAUUUCAGCAGUUCAAGACGUUUAUGGUGAAUCUCAAGUCCUGGCAGGGCGUCUUCAAGAUGUACACCAAGGAGAAGGCUGGCAUUUUGCGAGCGGAACGUUUGCGUGAUGCACUCUGUGACAUUGGCUUUCAGCUGAGCACCGACAUCAUGAACUGCCUCAUACAGCGUUAUAUACGCAAGGAUGGCACCCUGCGACUCAGUGACUUUGUCUCGGCCGUCAUACACUUGACGACGGCAUUCAAUCAGUUCCAUUUGAAGAACUACAGCCAGGUGAAUGUUAUCGAGGUGCAUCUGCAUGACUGGAUCAAGAGUAUAUUAAGCUGCUGA